CUAGUAUUAAGUAGUAGUAAGCUGUGCUAACAAGCUUUUUCGUGAGUUUUGUUUGGGACAUCUGCCGAAUUUGGGGAUGAAGAGAGCACAGUAGCACCUAUUGGCUUGACCCAGAGAGGGACUCUGUCCAAACGUGAGCAUCUGAUGGAUUGAAAGAGGAUAACAAAUAAAUACAACAGACAAAGGUUGGAAAAAAAACAAGCUGUAAGAAACUGACGGACAACAGUUCUCACCUAAGAAGUAAAGACUGCUAUCAAGAUGUCUGGCUCUAUCCUGGAAGAAGAUGAGUUGCCUGCCAAUCACACAGGUCCAAAAGGUGUAAUUAAUGACUGGCGAAGGUUUAAGUUGGACAGUGUGGAUCAGACUGUCCCUCAAAGAAGGAAAGAGCUGCUCAGACAAAUGUCAAGUCCACGAGAGGAUGACAAAGAGAGAGUCAACCGAAAGAUGAGCGUUCAGGAGUACGAACUGAUCCAAGAGGAGGAUGAACAUUGCCUGAAACGCUACAGAAAAAAUUGUAUGCAGGAAAUGCAUGAGCGCCUGAGCUUCGGUCCUACGUUUGAAGCAGUCUAUGAGCUUGAGAGUGGAGAAGACUUCCUGGAGGUCAUAGAGAAGGAGCAUCGGUUGACACCAGUGGUAGUCCACAUCUACCAGCAUGGUGUCAAAGGCUGUGAACAGGUGAACUCAUGUCUGGACUGCCUGGCUUCGGAGUACCCCAGUGUUAAAUUUUGUCGUAUUGAUGCUGUGGCAACAGGUGCUGCUGAGCGCUUCUCCUCUGAGGUUCUUCCUACUCUGCUGGUGUACAAAGCGGGGGAGUUGCUGGGCAAUUUCCUGGCUGUUACCAAACACUUCAAUGAAGAGUUCUUUGCAACGGAUGUGGAGGCGUUUCUCAAUGAAUAUGGCUUGUUACCUGAGAAGGAGUUCACAGCAUGUGCUGAUGAGGAGGACGAGGGAGGGGACGUGGAAUAGAAAGAGAAAAGGAUGAUGGUUAAGAGAAGGGUAGGAAAGGAGGAAUUGUAGUGGAGGGAAGUGGAUGAAAGCAGACAAAAAUGAAACAAGAAGAGGACAAAGGAAAGGAGAGCUGGGGAAAGGAGUUGGAAGAAAUGGAGGGCAAACACACAAAGACACCACAAGAGUUAAGAAAGUAUAUACAUUACAUGUGCAGAUAGACACACAGCAGUAAACAUCGGCCAACACACACUGAAUGCUGAUUGUAUUUAGAAGCAAUUAGGUAGGUGUAAACCACAUGGUGUUAGAAAGUCUGUCCUGAAAUACUGCUUUGCAGUCAUGUCAUAGCUCUUAAAUAAAAAAGUGCUUUCUGUCUUUCUGUGUAACAUUGUACAGGCUACUAUUGGACUGCCCUAAUGGUAUAUAUCUGAGCCUAUUAUCACAGUCACCAUUUCAAUAUAGUCUGUCAACAUGGGUAGUAGUACAUGAUGUAUGUGGAGCAUUAUCAUGGAGGGAGUGUAUCCAUCCUGGCCAACUUUUCCAUUAAGUUCUGAGGAAUUACCAUCCAUCCCUGUGCCAGUCUAUACCACAGAUAACUUUUACGGAGGACACGUUUAUAUAAAUAAUAAAUAAAAAUAAAAAUAAUAUAAAUGGGCCUGAAGCAAACAAAGCUCAUGCCAGUCUAUCAAAGUAACUAAUUCCUCUGUUGAGUCUUAUUUGGUAAAUGCACAGUAUUUUUAUGUGUGUAUAAUAUGGGCCCAUAGGACCAGAGGUGACUAUUGUAAUGGCAAUUUUUAAGAACCUAUACAUCCCUUUGACCUGGUCAUUGUAAAACCAUUAGCAACUGUUAAAGAGGCUAUUAUAUGCAUAUAACCUUUAGCCCUGUUUCUAUCUACACUAUGUCCAAGUAAAGCGGGAUGUUGAGACUUCACUAAGAAACCAAGGACAUGAUCAUCUCACCACACUAUCUGUCUGUUUACUGUCCCAGAACUCAGGAAUGUGUAACUGUGUUAGAGUGACGCUCCAACAGGGAUAAAACCAUACUGCUUCUUACAACCUGGGCUCUUCGGACUUUCACAUACGAGAGUGUGUGACGGUUGCGUUGAGACCAUUCAUGGAUGACUUGAAUAAAACCUUACAGAAAGACAAGA